UCGAAGCGAGAUGCGUCGCCGCCGCCGGCGGUCCCGAGACGCGAUCCGACGGCGGAUUUGGCAUCAUUCCAGCGAGGCGCUCCACGCGGAAGAUCGAGGAAGUAUCUCCAGCGGCGAUGCCUACGAAAAUAGGCAGACAAGUUCAGGAGAAACUUACUCGUUGGAGGAAUAUGUUUAUGUUCAGAGAAACAUGAUCUUGGGUUGCUUUGCUCCGUGCUUAAGGCUUGUCUUCAAAAUCCAAAAGCUGGUUGACUUUAUAUUCGUAGACAAUGCUACUAGACCGUGCAAGGUGGCCACAUCACGGAUCUUCUGUGAAGUGCUUCUGUAAACAACCAUUGGGUGCAAGGUAUUGUUCUGUGCUACUGACAGGUCCAAGCUUGCUGCUGCUUGUUCAUCCGGUUCAUCUCUACUCCACAGGGCAAGUUGGCCUCUGGGUCUUUUCACGAUUCCUUGUGAUUCAGAGUUGGAAGCAAAGGGAGGGAUGAUAUCUGCAGCUGCUUGACACAGAGGCACAUGUCCCUUUUGGUGGGCAAUGAUGGUGUGCAGGUGGAGGUGAUGAUAGUUUGCCUCAUCUGGGGACUGAGACAUUCCAUCCAAGGCCGCCCAGUGUCAUGCUGCCUCACAUUCACAGCUUUCACCCCUGGCUGCUGCAAUAUUCCAUUUGUUUGCUAAUGUGUUGUAUCAAGAUGCCUUCGAUAUGAGGAUGUACUGUCAAGGAAGCUGCAGCUGCGAGGCUCCCAGCCCCAGCCCCAGCCUCAGCCUCCCCAGAUGCUGCUGCUGCUGCUGGACGUCGUGCGCCCCUAUUAAACCGGCCAGGAGAUGAGAUGCACGUCCUUCCACUCCACCCCCUCAUGCUCCUCGCCUGCCAUCACCGCCGACUCCGGCCGCCGCCGUUCCUCGUCGCGCCGCUGAAGAAGUUCAAGAAGCUCGGCCUGGGCGGAACGACGACCGUCGUCCAAGCUAUGCUCAGCUCACUCCACCACCACCACUCCUCCUCCUCCUCCGACACCGACACCAACAAUGGCAACAACAAGAACGGCAGCAGCGGCGUCCUCGCGGCGGCGGUGCCGUCCGCGCGGGACCUCGUGCUGGCCUGCGCCGACCUGCUGCAGCGCGGGGACCUCCAGGCCGCGCGCCGCGCCGCGGGGGUCCUCCUGUCCGCGGCGUCCCCGCGCGCCGACGCCGCCGACCGGCUCGCCUACCACUUCGCGCGCGCGCUCGCGCUCCGGGCGGAUGUCAGGGCCGCCGCCGUCGCCGCUGGCCGCGUCGUCGCCCCGGGCUUGGUGGCUUCCGCCGCUACUUCCUCCGCCUACCUCGCGUUCAACCAGAUCGCGCCCUUCCUGCGCUUCGCGCACCUGACGGCGAACCAGGCCAUCCUCGACGCCGUCGAGGGCGCGCGCCGAAUCCACAUCCUAGACCUGGACGCCGCGCACGGCGUCCAGUGGCCGCCUCUCCUGCAGGCGAUCGCCGAACGCGCCGACCCGGCCGCGGGACCGCCGGAGGUGCGCAUCACCGGCGCCGGCGCCGACCGCGACACCCUCCUCCGCACGGGCAGCCGCCUCCGCGCCUUCGCCCGCUCCAUCCAGCUCCCGUUCCACUUCACGCCGCUCCUGCUCUCCUGCGCCGCUACCCAUCAUCAUCAGCACGUCGCCAGCGGGAGCACCACGACGACCACCAAUUCGAGCGCGGCCUCGAGCCUGGAGCUGCACCCGGACGAGACGCUGGCUGUCAACUGCGUCAUGUUCUUGCACAAGCUAGGCGGGCAGGACGAGCUUGCCGCCUUCUUGAAGUGGGUGAAGGCCAUGGCCCCCGCCGUGGUGACCGUCGCGGAGAGGGAGACAAUCGGCGGGGGUUUCGACCGCAUCGACGACCUGCCACAGCGGGCCGCGGUUGCCAUGGACCACUACUCGGCCGUGUUCGAGGCGCUCGAGGCGACUGUGCCGCCGGGGAGCCGGGAGCGGCUAGCGGUGGAGCAGGAGGUGCUCGGCAGGGAGAUCGACGCCGCGCUGGAUGCCUCCGGUGGGAGGUGGUGGCGCGGGCUCGAACGGUGGGGAGCCGCGGCGCGCGCCGCCGGAUUCGCGGCGCGGCCGCUCAGCGCGUUCGCCGUGUCGCAGGCGCGGCUGCUGCUGCGGCUGCACUACCCGUCGGAGGGCUACCUCGUGCAGGAGGCGCGCGGCGCGUGCUUUCUCGGGUGGCAGACGCGGCCACUGCUGUCCGUGUCGUCGUGGCAGUAGCCCACCACCGCCACUGUGGACGAGCCUUCUACCGUACCUGCCGCGUGCAUGCAUUCAUGCCGCCAUUGCCGGCGGCGGCGGCGACGGACUAGGGUUUGGCUCGCUCUCACUAGUCAUCACUACCGCAUAUAUAGAGCUAGAGUAUAUAUAUGAGAGCAUUGCAUUUUGUAGCAAUAAUAUUGGUGGUUACUUGUUACGUACGUAUUUAGCAAGAUCUCAUGGUGAUUUUGGAGGAUGAUGAUGAGUUUGUUGGGUUAAUUGCAAGGAGGAAACCCUAACCCUAGCUUGCUGUGGUUUAAUUGCUGUUAAUCUUAGCUGCUUGGAUGGAUGGAUGGUUGGUUGAUUAAUAC